AUGCCUUCGAAUUCUACUUUUCCCGCUAUUAUCCAUAUUCGGGACUUUGUCGAGCAUGUCGAACCGGAUCCUACACGUCCCGGCAAAGGGCUUUCCCUGCAACUCCGUGUUUCGCUCAAUCUACCAUGGAAAGAUAUCCAGUCAGACGAUGUUGAACAGGAUGAAAUUCUCACCUUGGUCAGAUUUUUCAAUGAGGGCAAUCAGUCCGACCUUUACAAACCAAACACUUUCGUCUAUUCCUCCGGUUCAUUCCUGACUACUUCAUCUGAUGACGAGGAAUUUCAUAUCGUCCUCCACGCCCACAAUCUGGACCGCUCAGUUUGUCCCAUCUGCUACAGUACCAAGCUUACGCAAUCUAGUCAUCCGGGGAAUGAAGAAGAUAUCGAAUCGUAUUUCAUGCACUGUCCCGAGGCUGCCCAGCCAAUAGUGACAUUUCUCGGUGUCGUUAUUGAGCGCGGUGGCCAACUAAACGGCGGGCCCACUCUUCUUCACUACCGUCUCCAGACUACUGUUUACAAUAGUUCAACCCGAACCAAUCACACCUUUCCCAUCACCGCUUACUUUAAAAAUGGUCAGCGUUGGGCCAACUUUCCACCCUUGAGUAUGAACACCCAUGUUUUCUUGACCGGUCGUGUUUUCGGCCUCACAAAAGAGCAUCGCCAGUUAGCUGUCGUUACGGAUGAUAUACAUUUUCUCCCAACACCAAAUAACCAGUUGCCCGCUACUCCUCCCUCUACUGGUAAACGGAAGCGCGUGGACCGUUGGUCUCAAAGAGCCGGCCCACAAACGCCCACCAAAUCGGCUGCAAGGCCACAGACCGAGUCCCUUCCUAUCACGUACCAGUCCCAGGAUCCCACUCAAAUAAAUUGCGCCUGGUGA